AUGGAAGGUGUAGCUGAUAUUCCCUUACGUGCCAUUUGUGAGGCGACCGGAUUCCUCGUCAAGGUGGAAACUACUGAUGGCAGUGUUUAUGAUGGCAAGCUGAUGCAACUUGAUGCAAUAUGUGGGGACAUAGAACUUAUUGAUGUGCGGUGCCAGCACCGAGACUCUUCGCUUUCUGUAGAGGGUCGUGUUUUCUUAAAGGGAUCAAGUGUACGACUUGUGCACCUUCCAUCGGAUCUGAAGAGGGCACCGUUCCUGGACUGGAAGAAUUUGUCUAUCCAAAAACAGUUGAAAAGCAGCUUAAAAGCCUCGAAGGGCGGCGAGAAUAAAUGGCCAAAAAGAACACGUAUGAAGCCUACAAAACUAGAGCAUCGAAAGAAAAAGCUACUCCUAUGA